AUGUCUCGACGAAGCCAGCGCCUCUCACGCUACUCCCAGGGGGAUGAUGAUGGGGGCAGCAGCAGCAGUGGCGGAAGCUCCGUCAUGGGGAGCCAGACCACCCUGUUUAAAGACAGUCCUCUCAGGACCUUGAAGAGGAAAUCCAGCAACAUGAAGCGUCUGUCUCCAGUGCCGCAGCUGACUCCCUCCUCCGACACUCACACCUCCUACUACAGCGAGUCUGUGGUCAGGGAGUCUUACAUAGGCAGCCCCCGGGCCACCUCCCUGGCCAGGAGCGCCCUCCUCGACCGGACCUCCAUCCUUGACAAUCAGCUGCACAGCGACCCCUACUGGAGUGAGGAUCUGCGGGUGAGGAGAAGAAGAGGUACAGGGGGCACCGAGAGCAGCAAGAUCAACGGGCUCGUGGGGGAGAGCAAGGGCUCUGAGGACUUCCUGGCCUCCUCCUCGGGCUAUUCCUCUGAGGACGACUACAUAGGCUACUCAACGGAGCUGGACCAACCAAGUUCAGCUUCACGGCUCAGGAGUGCUGUCUCUCGGGCAGGCUCGUUGCUCUGGAUGGUGGUUACUUCUCCAGGCAGGCUCUUUGGGCUUCUCUAUUGGUGGGUCGGCACCACCUGGUACCGCUUGACCACAGCCGCUUCCCUCCUGGACGUCUUCGUUUUAACCAGGCGAGUCCCAUCCCUGAGAGCGUUCCUCUACUUCCUCUUGCUGUUGCUGCUCCUCAGCUGCCUGACUUACGGUGCCUGGUAUUUCUAUCCCUAUGGGCUGCAGUUGUUCCAGCCCUCCAUAGUGUCCUGGUGGGCAGCCAAGGGCCGCAGCAGGCAGCAGGAGGUUUGGGAGCCCAGAGAGUCUAACCCACAUUUCCAGGCUGAACAGCGUAUCCUGUCCCGCGUCCACUCCCUGGAGCGGCGCCUGGAAGCUCUGGCUGCCGAGUUCUCCUCCAACUGGCAGAAGGAGGCCCUGCGACUGGAGCGACUGGAGCUCCGGCAGGGGACAGCCGGCCAGGGUGGGAGCCAGGGUGGCGGCCUGAGCCAAGAGGACACGCUGGGUAUUUUGGAAGGGAUUGUGAGCCGCCGCGAGGCCAUGCUGAGGGAGGACUUCCGCAGGGACACAGCAGCUCGGAUUCAGGAAGAGCUGCUUGCUUUGAGGGCAGAACAUCAGCAAGACUCAGAAGACCUCUUCAAGAAGAUCGUCCAGGUUUCCCAGGAAUCUGAGACUCGUCUCCAGCAACUGAAGUCAGAGUGGCAAAGGAUGACCCAGGAAUCCUUCCGGGAGAACUCCAUGAAGGAGCUGGGACGGCUGGAGGGCCAACUGGCAGGCCUGCGGCAGGAACUGGCAGCCUUGGCCCUGAAACAGGGUUCUGUGGAAGACCGCGUGAACCAGCUGCCCCAGCAGAUCCAGGCUAUGCGCGAUGACGUGGAGUCGCAGUUCCCCGCCUGGGUCACUCAGUUUCUGGCCCGAGGUGGGGGGGCCCGCACAGGACUCCUUCAGGAGGAGGAGCUAGAGGCUCGGCUGCAGGAGCUGGAGAGCAAGAUCCUCACUCACGUGGCCAAGAUGCAAGGCACUUCAGCCCGGGAGGUUGCAGCUAGCCUGGGGCUGACGCUGCAGAAGGAAGGUGUGAUCGGGGUGACGGAGGAGCAAGUGCAGCGUAUCGUGGACCGGGCCCUGAAGCGAUACAGCGAGGACCGCAUUGGGAUGGUGGACUACGCCCUGGAAUCAGGAGGGGCCAGUGUUAUCAGUACACGCUGCUCUGAGACCUAUGAGACCAAGACCGCCCUCCUCAGCCUCUUCGGUAUCCCCCUGUGGUACCACUCCCAGUCGCCCCGAGUCAUUCUCCAGCCUGACGUGCAUCCAGGCAACUGCUGGGCCUUCCAGGGUCCCCAGGGCUUUGCUGUGGUCCGCCUUUCCGCCCUCAUCCGCCCCACUGCUGUUACCUUGGAGCACGUGCCCAAAUCCCUGUCACCCAACAGCACCAUCUCCAGUGCCCCCAAGGACUUUGCCGUCUUUGGCUUUGACGAAAACCUGCAGCAGGAGGGGUCGCUCCUUGGGAAGUUCACCUAUGACCAGGACGGGGAGCCCAUCCAGACAUUUUACUUUCAGGUCCCGAGAAUGGCCUCAUACCAGGUGGUGGAGCUGCGGAUUCUGACCAACUGGGGUCACCCUGAGUACACCUGCAUCUACCGCUUCAGGGUGCACGGGGAGCCUGCUCACUAG